GUUCGCUCAGCCGUUGUCGUUACAAAUUGCAGUCAUGCACGUAACAGAUGCCUUGAAUCGAGAGAUGAAUAUACGAAAUUGGCAGGCCAUGCUGCGAGCUCUUGGUGGUGACCGUGAGAUUCUAAAACGAUUCGCGGAAAUGCGACCUCACUUUGCCUCACUGGAAAAGAGACUCAACCAAGGACAAGAUGGAGGUAUCGAAGAGCAACUCAACGAGCUGGCUGCUCUAAACACAUCGAUGACAACGUGGACUCGUAUCUGGCCGCAAUUGCAAACAUUGAUACACACAGUCGGUAAUCUACACGACUUGUUCGACCGCUUCCAACGUAACGCUACUGUCGUCAACAGACGUACUUUGAGCGACUAUGCUGACACCGUUCAUAGCACGGAUGGGCUAACCAUUGGUCAAGCUUUGAUUUCAAUCCACAAGGCUGUCUGCCCGUUCAGCAUGGACGACGCCUACGACGAUUACACGGAAAGCGAAAAUAACAGCACAGAUAUCUGUCGCGGAGGAGUUCUGGAGACUUUGCAAACGGAUAUAACUCGGGCCAACGAUAGCUUUAUCUGCUCUUUGCCCAAAUCUACGCACCAACUCGUCUAUGACCUUUAUGCCCUUUUAACUUUGACUGACGCCAAGGGUUACGCAAUGAUGCAGUUCUCUUGGAUGAUUUUGCGUCUAUACGGAAGAGGAAAUAAUUCCAACGAGACAGAAAAAGCUCGAGUCGAUUUCGAAAAGCGCAUGACUGAAAAGGCUGAAGCUGCACAAAAAGUGUUAUCACAGCUAUCCACUUGGAUGUGGAAAUGCGAUCCACCCACAAACGACCAGAUCGAGAACGAAACCUACAUUCGAUUCAAAGAAUUAUUGCAAGGUUACGUUGUCAACGAGGUGGAUCUCAAUCAAGACAACACUUGCAAAGACAGCUGCUCCGCUUACACAAAUACCCAAGAAAAAGGUUGCUUCGACAAAACAAUUUGUGCUAGUUCACGCAGAUGCUCCAGCGGCCGCAUUUACAAUUGCGAUGUCAUCGAAGCCGAUUCAAACAUUUGCGUCAACAAUUCGCCCGGAAGAAGGUACGAUUGGAUCAAAUACAAAAGUGGGAAAGUAAUCGGUCAAAAGUCGGAAUGCAAGGCGCCCAGCAACAAGAAUCACAAAGUCGAUUCGUGGUGGCGCUUUCUCUACCACUGCUCCUACUAUAUGUGCCUGUGUGAUCAACCAGGGCUACAUUCCGACCGCUACGUUAGCCUACAAUGGACAAUGGCAUCUACUUCCAGAAACCGACUAGUAACGGGAGUGCGGUUCGUAAAAAUUAACCGCAUUCUUCACAUCCAAAUACAAGAAGGCGAAGCCCUACCAAGAGGUUCAAUUAACGAAUCAACGGUCCAAUGGCUGCCUACACCGCCUCUCACUGUAUUAAAGGGUCAAGAAGAAUCGGUAGAAGAUGGGCUUGGCUAUGCCACUUUGCGCUAUGAAGAACGAGCAAUUGACCUGGAUGAUUUAGUUGCUCCGAAAGGCCACGUCGUUACUGGCUUGCGUUUCCGAAAACUGGGUGGACACUUGAAUUUGGAAGUUGAAGCGUCGCCCAUCGAUUUUACGACUGGAGCAAUCGACAACGAACGGGCCAUUUGGGUAUCCAACGACAACACUCCAGUCUCUCCAGAAUUAAAUCCGCGUACAAAACUUGCUCUUUUGUCCCCUGAUGUGCCCACUCGUUCCUUAAAGCCUUCAGUUCCAGAUUCAGCUUCCAAUCAGUUCGUUGAAUUCCAGGACUCAUCAUUGGAAAAGGACGUUUCUCAAAAUACGGUGCCAUUUAUAGAAUCUACUCCUGUAACCAAUCAACCAUCAACCUGGUUGACAGGAAUCGGUAUCUAUCACAAAGGUCAGCCUGGAUUUGGUGGGUACAUCGCUCUCCGCAUCGCUACUCUCAACUUUUCGCAUUACAUGAUUUUCCCAUAAAAAGAAUUCAAUUAUACAUCCGCAGACGGCAG